CGUUAGCAGCCCAGCUCCUUGCCCAGUGCCCACUAGCUUUUUCUGAGCACCACCGCACACACAACACUCAACACAUAUGCAGUACCUGUACCACAGCUUCUACUUCUAGCUAGGCGGAGGAAGUGCUUCACAAUACGAACAUGGCGGCCUGUAAUGGUGGCAGUGGCCAGUUCACAGCCAGCGCGUGGGGGCCAAAGCAGUACAUCCUGGCAGCCGUCGCCACAACGCUGGCCGUGAGUGCCGUGGCCAUCGCGACCUCCGUCGUGCUCAGCCCGGCGCGCGUGGUCUUCUCCGUCACCGUCGCCGGCGCCUCCGCCGCCGUCCCGGUCCCCUCCGGCGGGGUGCUCCUGAACUUCACCCUGGACGCGGCCAACCCGAGCCGGCGCGCCGGGGUGGAGUACGACUCCCUGACGGCCAGUCUGCGGCUGCACAGCGCCAGCCACCGGGCCGCCGGCUGGGCCCAGACGGAGGUGCGCCAGCCCAUGCCGCUGCUCCAGCCGCCGGCCUGCUCCAGGAGCUUCCCCGCGUCGGCCUUCUUCGAAAGGUCCUUCGUGGCCCUGAACUUCGGCGGCGGCAGGGGCCCGGCUGGUGGCCCACGGCCGGCUGCUGAGGCAGUCGUGGUACGGGCGCCGCCGAUGAGCGUGCUGGUGGCGGCCCAGGUCCGGUUCAAGGUCGGGCUGGCCUACUCGCGGCCGUACGACAUUGAGGUCAUCUGCCAGCCCGUCGACUUCUUCGCCGCCGCCGCCGCCGCCGCCGUCGCUACGACGGUCGCUUGCGUUGCCUGACUCGCAUUGACAGGUCAACGAUCACCACGUGUACGUGGAUCUAGAAUCUUUAGAUCAGUGUGUAUGUAUGUAGAACCUACUGUAUUUGUUUAUUUCGGUACGUAUUCAUUUCAAUUCUCCAGGUUCAUGACUUGGCUGUUGUUCUGGAUUAAUUUGUAAUUUCUAAUUAGCACCACCAACUUGUCCUCGUGCUGUCUUUUGGCGUAAA